CAUAAUCAUCUUUUUGUAUGAAAAGAAAUUUCUAGACUUUCAGUCAUACUAUUCGCCUUCCGCGCUUUCCUAGUGUGGCUUUGGGCAGUCAUUCUCAUAUCUUCGAUUACACGGGAUCAUGUCCGCUGAGCCCGAGCCUGAAUUGCCGACAUACGAGGAGUUUAUCAGUUCCUUGGGUAAAAAGAAACAAUUCACGAUUGAUGUGCCUUUUGAGCUUUUGUCUACUAUACGCUACGAUCCGCUAUUAAGCAAGACUCCACCUAGAUCCGCUAAAGAGGUCAAAAAAGAAAACUUCUUUUUGCUUCCUGAACACAUUGAGCGUAUUAAGUUCACACUUGAGUUCUUCGGUCGCCUUGAUGAUAAGUCUUUCAAGCUAAAUAAUGCUCAAUUUACCAUUGACGAGAGUCUCAUGUUGGACAAGCUCAUAGACGCUUUGGAGCACUCCGAGGUUAACAUAAGAAAACCUUUGAAAAUUCGACUCCUCAUCAAUAAAGCAGGGGACGCAAAAAUAGAGUUGUACGAAACGGCAGAGAGAAAGAGUCUUCUUGAUGGUCUAAUCGAUGACUUCCCUGAUUCGAAAAGAUAUGAUGUGUACGUUGACAAAACUCCGGUUCUUGCUUCACCUUUCACAUCGUUCAAAACCACACAUAGAGACAUUUACACCGAAGCAAGAACCAGAGCCUUGCCGGGAAAAUCUGCUCGCGAAGAAGUCAUAGUAAUCAAUACAACAUCAGAGGUGAUGGAAGGAUCGAUCACGAACAUCGCCAUCAAGAGUAAACAGGGAAUUUGGAUCACGCCUAAACUCACUUCCGGAUGUCUUUGUGGUGUCACCAGACAUUUUUUGCUCAGAAAGAACUUUAUUCAAGAGGGUGACAUCUCGGUGGAGAUGCUCAGAACUGGGCAUGAUGUCAUGCUAAUGAAUGGAGUGAUGGGAUGCGUAAGAGGUACAAUUAAAGGCUUUGUCGGGUAAACGCAGUUGGAAAGCAUGUAUGAUCUUCCAGUCAAACAAAAAAACGAAAAUUGGAACAUCCGAUAUUCAUUUCUAUUAAUAGUUCAA